GAGUAGCCUUCCAAUGUGGGCUUGGCUGUUUCUGCCAGCGCUCUUUUGUCUGCCUGAGGUUCAAGGUGACUGUACCUCUCCAGUACCACCACUCCACGCGACACUAAAGGAAGACGCUCUGAAAGAAAGUUAUCCAGUUGGGACUAAACUGACAUACCAUUGCAUCACAGGUUAUGAAUAUAUUCCUGGAAUUAAUUCUUCAAUUAUAUGUCUGAACACUUCAAAAUGGUCUGACAUUUCAUCAUUGUGUCAGGGGAAAAAAUGUAUGCCACAAAUUAUAGAAAAUGGUAAUUCAGAUGCUGAGGAUGAUCACAACAUCCGUCUGGGUGAUAGUGUAACUUUAUCCUGUGAACAUGGGUAUAGGCUUGUUGGUGAAGCUAUAGUUAAGUGUAUUCUGAAAGAUGGUAAAGUUGAGUGGAAUAAAGAAUACCCAAUUUGCAAACAUAUCCCUUGUAAUCGUCCUGAAAAUAUUUCCAAUGGACAAUUUGAUCCUGACCCUAAAGACGAAUAUUACGUUGGAUCAGUUGUAAUAUAUCACUGCAAGAGUAAUUUCUCCCUGAUUGGAAAUUCAACCAUCAGAUGCGUAACCACAGAAGAUGGCCAAAAUGGAACGUGGAAUUUACCUGCCCCUGAAUGUAAAAACGUCAAAUGUGAUCCACCAAAAGUGGAAAAUGGGAAGUUAAUUAAUUUACCUAAGCCUUCAUAUACCUAUAAUGAAGCCAUCAGCUUUGAAUGUAAUUCCGGCUAUUCUGCUGUGGGAAGCCUCCAUAUUAAAUGUGGGGCUAACAGUUCGUGGGUUCCUGCCAUCCCCAAAUGUGUCAAAGCUAACUGCACCUCCCCAGUACCACCACUCCACUCAGCACUAAAGGAAGAGAUCCCAAAAGAAGGCUAUCCGGUUGGAACUGUCCUGACAUACCAUUGUAUCACAGGUUAUGAAUAUAUCCCCGGAAUUAACUCCUCAAUUACAUGUCUGAACACUUCCAAAUGGUCUGACAUUUCAUCAUUGUGUCAGGGGAAAAAAUGUCCUGCUCCAAAUGUAAACAACAGCAACCCAGUUGCUCAUGAUGAUAACGACAUCCGUCUUGGUGGUAAUAUAACUAUCUCCUGUGUAUAUGGGUAUAGGCUUGUUGGUGAAGCUACACUUAAGUGUAUUCUGAAAGAUGGCAAAGUUGACUGGAAUAAUGAAUUCCCAAUUUGUGAACAUAUAUCUUGUAGUCGUCCUGACAAUAUUUCCAAUGGACAAUUUGAUCCUGACCCUAAAGACGAAUAUUACGUUGGAUCAGUUGUAAAAUACCACUGCAAGAGUAAUUUCUCCCUGAUUGGAAAUUCAACCCUUAUAUGCAUAACUGCCAAAGACGGCCGAAAUGGAACGUGGAAUUUACCUGCCCCUGAAUGUAAAACUAACUGCACCUCCCCAGUACCACCACUCCAUUCGACACUAAAGGAAGAGAUCCCAAAAGAAGGCUAUCCAGUUGGAACUGUCCUGAAAUACCAUUGCAUCACAGGUUAUGAAUAUAUCCCCGGAAUUAACUCUUCAAUUACAUGUCUGAACACUUCAAAAUGGUCUAACAUUUCAUCAUUGUGUCAGGGGAAAAAAUGUCCCGCUCCAAAUGUAGACAACAGCAAACCAAUUGCUCAUGAUGAUAACGACAUCCGUCUUGGUGGUAAUAUAACUAUCUCCUGUGUAUAUGGGUAUAGGGUUAUUGGUGAAGCUACACUUAAAUGUAUUCUGAAAGAUGGCAAGGUUGACUGGAAUAGAGAAUUCCCAUAUUGCGAACAUAUCUCUUGUAGUCGUCCUACCAGUAUUCCCAACGGACAAUUUGAUCUUGACCCUAAUGACGAAUAUUACGUUGGAUCAGUUGUAAUCUACCGCUGCAACCGUGAUUUCUCCCUGAUUGGAAAUUCAACCCUCACAUGCAUAACUGCCGAAGAUGGCCUAAAUGGAAAGUGGAAUUUACCUGCCCCUGAAUGUAAAAACGUCAAAUGUAAUCGACCAAAAGUGGAAAAUGGGAAGUUAAUUAAUUUACCUAAGCCUUCAUAUACCUAUAAUGAAGCCAUCAGCUUUGAAUGUAAUUCCGGCUAUUCUGCUGUGGGAAGCCUCCAUAUUAAAUGUGGAGCUAACAGUUCGUGGGUUCCUGGCAUCCCCAAAUGUGUCAAAGCUAACUGCACCUCCCCAGUACCACCACUCCACUCAGCACUAAAGGAAGAGAUCCCAAAAGAAGGCUAUCCGGUUGGAACUGUCCUGACAUACCAUUGCAUCACAGGUUAUGAAUAUAUCCCCGGAAUUAACUCCUCAAUUACAUGUCUGAACACUUCCAAAUGGUCUGACAUUUCAUCAUUGUGUCAGGGGAAAAAAUGUCCUGCUCCAAAUGUAAACAACAGCAACCCAGUUGCUCAUGAUGAUAACGACAUCCGUCUUGGUGGUAAUAUAACUAUCUCCUGUGUAUAUGGGUAUAGGGUUAUUGGUGAAGCUACACUUAAGUGUAUUCUAAAAGAUGGCAAGGUUGACUGGAAUAGAGAAUUCCCACAUUGCGAACACAUCUCUUGUACUCGUCCUACCAAUAUUCUCAAUGGACAAAUUUAUCUUAACCCUAAUGACGAAUAUUACGUUGGAUCAGUUGUAAUCUACCGCUGCAACCGUGAUUUCUCCCUGAUUGGAAAUUCAACCCUCACAUGCAUAACUGCCAAAGAUGACCUAAAUGGAAAGUGGAAUUUACCAGUCCCUGAAUGUAAAAACGUCAAAUGUGAUCAACCAAAAGUGGAAAAUGGGAAGUUAAUUAAUUUACCUAAGCCUUCAUAUACCUAUAAUGAAGCCAUCAGCUUUGAAUGUAAUUCCGGCUAUUCUGCUGUGGGAAGCCUCCAUAUUAAAUGUGGGGCUAACAGUUCGUGGGUUCCUGCCAUCCCCAAAUGUGUCAAAGGAAUUUUUGACAAGCCAAAUACUGCUACAAACAAGCCAAAUACUACUUUAGAAGAUUAUGCAGAAUGCAACAAAACUACAGCACUUGGAAAACUGAUUAUCCUCCUGGCUGUUCUGUAUAAUUGCUGGUGAAGUCAUGACACCGAACAAAAGGAAAAACUAUCAAGAUUUUAUUUGAUUAUAUUGGGUAUCUGCUUAAUUUAUUUAUUUUAUUUCAUUGCUAAGCAUAAAAUACAAACUCCUAAAACCA